AUUCGUUGUGGAGCAAUCGUGAUAGCAAAAGAAGAUGGUUCAGUUGCAGAUGUUGUAGAAAUGAGUGCGUCUCAUUUAGAGGUUUAUUGGAUUAAGUGGUUAGAAUGCGUUCGACAGUUUUGGACUGAAAUGGAAAAUCGAUCUGCCGUGAAUGAUGUGAUCUCAUUUGUAUGUGAAGAUAAAAGAAAUUAUUAA